AUGGCAACACUUUCGUCUGUCUAUUUUUUAAUCUAUUUUGUGUCAUUUUUGGCCAUUGCAGCUGUCGCCAGUUUCUUUAUCAUACCGCUAUUAGGAAUAUCAUUCCUAUUUGCAUCAGCAGUGGUAGUAUUUGGGUUUCUAAGUGAUAUUACAUUUAAAUUUGCCCAAUCAUUAUACAUUAAGACUGAUCACCGUCUAAAAUCUACUUUGAGCAAGAUGGGUAAUCAAAAAAAGGGUACUAACAAUUCGCAGGCUGGUAAUUCACCACCACCAACACCACAACCAUCAGUGGAACCACAAUUAGGACCCAAUGCCAAUGUUUGGGAUGCGCCCGGUGCUGAAACCAGUACUACAAGCGCUAUCGCUCGUUCACUGGAGGCGCGAGAAGACGUGCGGGUAACAAACUAG